GCAGUGGCUUGGACACGAGCCAAAACCAGACGACCAACACGAUGGCGACGACGCAAAUGUUCGAGGACAUCUUCGAGAUCAAGCAGCUCAACCCGGAAGGCAAGAAGUUUGAGCGCGUCACGCGCCUCAUGUGCAAGGGUGUGUCGUACGAACUUGAACUCAUGCUCGACAUCAACUCGGAAGUGUUCCCGAUGAAGGUGCAUGAACAGUUUACGUUUGCCCUCGUGAGCACCCUCGAUUUGGAAGGGAAGCCAGAUGACGGCAUCUUUGACCAAACCGGCAAGCCCACGCUUCUGGACCGAUACGACUACGGCAUGUACGGCAAGGUGUUUCAGUACGACCACGAAGGCGGCAACAUGGUUGCAAUCUAUGCUAGUUUUGGCGGGCUCCUCAUGUGCUUGCGAGGCGACCAAGCGCAUUUGCGCAACAUCCACAAUGGCUCCCGCGUAUAUUGCCUCAUGCGCCGCCAGUAAACCUUUCGUCCACUACAAAGGACGACUCUAAUGCUGCUAUGUACUACCCCCAUCCUAUUCCGAUUCAAUGCCCGUGGCACCAUGUGCUAGGCACAAGUAGAAAGCGUGGCUCUCUCCACGACGUCUCACUUCUCACGUGGUUAAAUAGCAUUGCGCCAACCAUACACGGGCUUCGUCAUCGCAGUUGUCUUGGGCACGGGUCGUGCAUCACGAGUGUGGCAAGAUUGUCGACAGGUCAAA